ACAACCACGCCCUCUGGUGGCGGUGAUGGGAGAUCCAACAUGGCGACUGGAUGGAAAACAGAUAUACAUUCGAACGUGAAAUUCAAAGAUACCGGCAAUCAAGAUGAUUCUUCAGAGAGUGAAAUUGAAACAGAACCUGCGAAAGUGUUCCACCGGCGCAUUUCUACGAACAAAGAGAUCAAGACUGCCACUGGUGCAUGCAAGGUGGCAUCUACCAAAGAAGGCUACCUCAUGAAACAAACAAAUUUUCAGAGAUGGAAAAGACGAUAUUUCAAGUUGAAGGGGAGACGACUCUACUAUGCAAAAGAUACCAAGUCUGUGAUCUACGAUGAAAUAGAACUGACAGAUCUUAGUGUAGCAGAAUGCAGUACCAAAAAUAUCAACCACAGCUUUCAGGUGAUAACACCAUUCAGGUCGCUUGUUCUGUGUACAGAGAGUCGGAGGGAGAUGGAAGACUGGAUUUCCGCACUGAAAACUGCUGCCAACAAGGAGUUCUACGAUAUAAGUGGCAAUGCCAGCCAGCGGGAGAUGAUGUCUGGCCAGCACAACUGGUAUGCCUGCUCCCAUGCUAGACCAACCUACUGCAAUGUUUGUCGAGAGGCAUUGUCUGGAGUUACCUCCCAUGGACUUUCAUGUGAAGUAUGUAAGUUCAAGGCUCACAAGCGCUGUGCAGUGAAGGCUGCAGCCAACUGUAAGUGGGCAACCUUGGCAGCUAUAGGCAAGGACAUCAUAGAGGAUGAGGAUGGGAUCGCUAUGCCACACCAGUGGCUAGAAGGAAACCUUCCAGUUAGUGCUAAAUGUAAUGUGUGUGAUAAAACGUGUGGCAGUGUGCUCAAACUACAGGACUGGCGAUGUCUCUGGUGUAAGGCCAUGGUCCACACAGCGUGUAAGGAGUACUUCCAGUCCCAGUGUCCCUUAGGCCAAUGCAAAGUGUCCAUUCUACCUCCAAUUGCCAUCAACAACAUAGAUUCGGACGGGUACUGGGAGGCCACUCGUCCAGCAGGAACCUCACCUCUCCUCGUAUUUGUAAACACUAAGUCAGGUGACAAUCAGGGAGUGAAGUUUUUACGACGGUUUAAGCAGCUAUUAAAUCCUGCUCAGGUGUUUGAUCUCAUGAACGGAGGACCUCACCCAGGGUUAAGACUAUUCCAAAAAUUUGACCAGUUCCGAAUCUUGGUGUGUGGGGGUGAUGGAAGUGUAGGCUGGGUGUUGUCGGAGAUAGAUACACUAGACCUACAUCGACAGUGUCAAGUUGGGGUGCUACCUUUUGGGACUGGCAAUGACUUGGCACGAGUGCUAGGGUGGGGAGCAACAUUUGAAGCAGAUACUCAACUGACUGUGAUAUUGGAAAAACUGGAACAUUCACAAAUCAAGAUGUUAGAUAGAUGGAGUGUAUGGACAUACGAGGGUACUAUGCCUCCCCCUCGGAAACUGUCUCAACAGUUUGACCCUAUAUCUGUGUAUGAAGACUCGGUCGCCAAUCAUCUUUCCAAGAUUCUACAUUCCGAAGAUCAUUCUGUUGUCAUUUCUUCAGCAAAAGUGUUAUGUGAAACUGUUAAAGAUUUUGUUGCCAAAGUUGGAGAAUCCUACGAGUGUAAUGUAUUGAAUGAGAAAUUAGAUAGUCUGCUCGUCACUUUAAAAGAAGAAGCUCAAGCAUCUACAUCGACAUCUCAGGUUCAGAUUCACCGUGAGGAGUCCGACCCAGUGAUAGAAUCUCCGGAUAAUGAUGUGGUUCCUGGAGAAAUUAAUGUGCCUCCCAAAACAAAAACUGCAAUUUUCAAACCCAGAGAUGCCUUGAUGUCCCGGGCUAAUAGCCUAAAGAAGGCAAUACGACAGAUAAUUGAACACACAGAGAGAGCUGUGGAUGAACAAAAUGCACAGACAGAACAGCAGCUUGGUUUGAUCCACGAGUCACGGUCUAUCGGUAGCACGGAGCAUCUCAACGUUGACUCCGGGGGUCGGGGCUUGGUAACAGACACAGAGACUUCACAUUCAGCUCCAACAUUCUCAAUAUUUACCUCCGAGGUGGCACCUGUCUCCCCGCUCCUCAACCCUCGUAAUUGUGAUGGUGAGCGAUCUCCGAGGAUUGAGGAGCCAACUACGUCCCGACGAAUCAGCAGUAUGAGUAUGUUUAACCGUACAUCUAGUCUAGGGUCUAAUUUGUCUUCACAGACCCGCGAAAAAAGUCCCAACAAAGAGAGCAUUCCUGUCCCAUUGAUGGGCUUCCCUUUCUGUGAUUAUAGUGUACUCCCAAGUUUAAGUAGCAGUAUCGCUGGUAAGCUGGCUGGUGGUAGCUUCAUCAGUAAAGUAUUACUGGCCAAUGCUGAUGCCUUGUGUGCCGCAGCCUCUCCUCUCAUGGAGGAGGAUAUUCCUCCAGAGGAGUACAUGGAGCGAUGUGUGAUGAACAACUAUUUUGGUAUAGGUCUUGAUGCCAAGAUUACACUUGACUUCCAAAACAAACGGGAGGUCCACCCAGAGAAGUGCAGGAGUCGAACAAAGAACAUGAUGUGGUACGGAGUAUUAGGUGGUAAAGAAAUCCUACACCAGACAUUUAAGAACCUUGACCAGCGUGUCCAGUUAGAGUGUGAUGGUCAGCGAAUACCCCUACCGUCAUUACAGGGCAUUGUCAUCCUCAACAUUCCAAGUUACGGUGGCGGAUCCAACUUCUGGGGAGGCACUAAAGAAGAUGAUACAUUCCAAGCCCCAAGUUUUGAUGAUAAGAUACUUGAGGUGGUAGCUGUGUUUGGUUCUGUACAGAUGGCCAUGUCAAGGGUCCUUGAUAUACAGCAGCAUCGCAUAGCUCAGUGUCGGAAGGUAAAGAUCACAAUCAUGGGUGAUGAGGCUGUCCCCGUACAGGUGGAUGGAGAGGCGUGGAUGCAACCCCCGGGCUACAUCCGCAUAGUUCAUAAAAACCGGGCUCAGAUGUUGACCAGGGACAGGGCGUUUGAGAGUAUUCUGAAGUCGUGGUCAGAGAAACAGAAGACUGAGAGGAUGACCAGUGUCCAGCCUGUAGCACUGUCCGAAGAGGAGUGUGUGGUUCUACAGAACUUCGUGGAUGUAGCCUCUGCUCUCAUUAAAUGUGUGAAAGUGGCAGCCCUGAACUAUAGUACUGUGGAACAGGAGUUAUUCCCCUUGGCUACCCAGGCGUCGGAAUACAUGGACAGGCUUUACCCGUCUGGUAGACUAGCUGAGCCAACAAUACGGAGCCAGGUGAUUGAUUUUGUCCGAAGCGUCCAGACUCUUUACAACGAGGCAAAUACAUUCCUCACAGACAAGGCCCCAGUGUUGAGACUUCAGCCCGAGUUAAUCGAUCGCCUUAGUGUAGCGCUGGCUCAGCUGGAGACAGAGCUACAGAAGAUGAACAGUAUGUGUGGUCUGCUGACGUCUGUAUCACACGCGGUGUCACAGGAGGAGGUCAGCAGUUCAUCUGUCCUAGAGAUCCCAGUACAACCAGUCGAACCAAAACGAAAGCCAGGCAAGCUAAAACAGGUGUACAGUAAACUAAAGGGCAAAGGUCGCGACAAGGACAAGGACAACAAAGCCUUCCCCUUACCAUUCCAUGUACAAUCAUGGACAUUGGAGGAGGUGGCUAUGUGGUUGGAGAACUUGUCUCUGGCAGAAUACAAGGAGUCAUUCAUUAGCCAUGAAAUACGGGGAGCAGAGCUCCUCUCUCUGGACAAAGGUGAUAUACAGGACCUCGGUGUAUCUAAGGUUGGACAUGUGAAGCGUAUACAACAAGGAAUUAAGGACCUAAACAGCAGACAACUCACCUGUAUAAAGGACGCCUCAUGACAACAGCAGACAACUCACCUGUAUAAAGGAUGCCUCAUGACAACAGCAGACAACUCACCUGUAUAAAGGACGCCUCAUGACAACAGCAGACAACUCACCUGUAUAAAGGACGCCUCAUGACAACAGCAGAUAACACACCUGUAUAAAGGAUGCCUCAUGACAACAGCAGACAACUCACCUGUAUAAAGGACGCCUCAUGACAACAGCAGACAACUCACCUGUAUAAAGGACGCCUCAUGACAACAGCAGACAACUCACCUGUAUAAAGGACGCCUCAUGACAACAGCAGAUAACACACCUGUAUAAAGGACGCCUCAUGACAACAGCAGAUAACACACCUGUAUAAAGGACGCCUCAUGACAACAACAGACAACUUACCUGUAUAAAGGACGCCUCAUGACAACAGCAGAUAACACACCUGUAUAAAGGAUGCCUCAUGACAACAGCAGACAACUCACCUGUAUAAAGGAUGCCUCAUGACAACAGCAGACAACUCACCUGUAUAAAGGACGCCUCAUGACAACAGCAGAUAACACACCUGUAUAAAGGACGCCUCAUGACAACAACAGACAACUCACCUGUAUAAAGGACGCCUCAUGACAACAACAGAUAACACACCUGUAUAAAGGACGCCUCAUGACAACAACAGACAACUCACCUGUAUAAAGGACGCCUCAUGACAACAGCAGAUAACACACCUGUAUAAAGGAUGCCUCAUGACAACAGCAGACAACUCACCUGUAUAAAGGACGCCUCAUGACAACAGCAGACAACUCACCUGUAUAAAGGAUGCCUCAUGACAACAGCAGAUAACACACCUGUAUAAAGGACGCCUCAUGACAACAACAGACAACUCACCUGUAUAAAGGACGCCUCAUGACAACAACAGAUAACACACCUGUAUAAAGGACGCCUCAUGACAACAGCAGACAACUCACCUGUAUAAAGGACGCCUCAUGACGACUGUAUUAGCUAUCUCCUUGAGGCGUCCUGCAGUUCAUACAGGCACAGUACUCACCCGUUCUGUUCAAAAUCUUCAAAUGAGUUAUUGUCUAACAUGAAGCUCUUACAAUUUUAUAUUAUGAAAUUAUAAGAGUUUUACGUAACCAUUUUUCAGAUGAUUUAUUAUAUAAUAAACUUCUGUUUAAGAUUUUUAGAGCAACAAAAUUUUAUAUUGUUGAUUUAAAAAGAUGUUUUUAAUUCAUCUUUUAAUAUUCUUAAAUUGUUGAUUAAUAGUAAGAAUCCUUAAUUAAUUUUGUGCUAAAGCUUUACUAUAUUUAUUUGUGUGGAAUGUAUUUCUUGAUGUCAAACAUUGCUACGUGUUCAAUAUGUGAAAAUGGCCAUUGACCUUUUAAGGUCAAGGUCUUUCAGGGUCACAUGUUUUGUUGAGGUCAAGACUAUUCCUAGAUUGUUUGAAUAAACUAUGUAUGUUGUGUCUGUGAAAUGGGAAUGUUCAGAUACAAAUUCUCCUCUGUUGUCAGGGAUAUCGUGAUUUUUCUGUCCCAACAUUAAAAAAGUCAAGGGAUAUGUAAUAAGACAAAGUCUAUCAAUGUUAAAGUUUGUAGAUGUUACUUCCAAAUGAAAUAUACCUGGUCUUGCACCCCUAUUUUCUGUGGCCAUGUAGACAAUGGACAUACCCAUUUGUACUAUUGGCUGUUAAAAACACUUUUUCCUCUAUAGUCACACCAUAGCCAAACAGUCUAAUCGCUACUAUACCAAUGUAAUCGUUCAUUUGUAGAAAGCUCUGUUUUUAAUUGUUAAAAUGAAAGUGAAUCGUGUUUAUAAAAUUUAGAAAUGAAAUCCUUUUGUCAUUUUGCAGCUUCUUUAAAAAAAAAUCACUUUCUCCAAAAACCAUUUGUUUAAGAGUAUAUGUCUAUAAAGGCAGCUUUAGAACACCUUUUACAGAGGGGCUGGGGGUGUGGAUUAGGAAAUCGGGGGUGGUGUCAUUCAUCCAGCUCACCUCUACUGUUCAUUCCAAAGAUCAUACCGGUUGUCAUACAUUAUAGAGACUUGAGGGAUAGGAUUGGGUCUUCCUUUCCUCACCCAGUCUUUAGAAGAUUCAUUCCAUACUUUACAGGGUAAUUUAAUUGUGUAUAUUCAAUAGUGUUUAGCCAGUCACUGUACAUCUAUCAACCUAAGACAAUCACUAUAAAUCUCACCCAUGUUCCUUUAUCAUGUUGUUCAUCACUGUCAUUAGGCAUCAAACAUUACUCAAUGUAUGUGUUUAUAUACAUUCAACAAGGUGUUAACAUAAUUACUAAUUAAGUCCUGAAUUCAGUUCAAAAACUUCAUGUGCAUAGAGGUAGGUUGUAAAAUUUAAGUGAGAAAAUUAAAGGGAGAUAACUCCCUGAAUUUGAUAAGAUUUCAGCUAGUGAUUGUGUCCCUUUAAAUGUAAAAUCUGUAUGCCAUUGGGAGAGAGCCAGUCAUUGUGUGUGAGCUUGUAUUAAGGUACAAAUGUAGUUUGUUAAACAAUGCAGGGGAGAUAACUCCUUGGUGUUGCUGAUUGAUUGUUAUACCUGUACAAAGGUGAGAGUGUUAUUGUUGUCUGAUUGAUUGUCAUACCUGUACAAAGGUGAGAGAGUCAUUAUUUUUCUUGCCCAGUGUUCAGCAUCUUAAGUAGCUACCCAGCAGGGAUAAUUUACUGUGUGAUAGAGUUUUAUACUUUCCUACUUUUCUAUGAACAACUUAUUAUCAUAAAUGCUUGUUCUGAAAUAAGUGUAAAAUAUCUUGAGCAAUACAUUUUUUAUCACAUCUCAACAUUUUGUUGGAUCGUCUUCGAAGAAGGGUUCAACUUCAUUGGAUGUGAUUUUACAUUAGAUAACCUUUUACCUGACUUUAUUUUGCUUUAUUUGUCAUUUGAAGAAGAGUCAUUUGGUAAGUGACUCUUUUUCAAAAUUAAGACAUUUCAACUUCUCUAAAUUAUAUGGUGAUGUGAUGUGUCUCGAUCUUGAUAUUUGUCAAUCUCGGAGUGUAAUGUCUCCAUCUGUUCAUCUUUAAUUCUCAGUCUUUACAUGAUGAGACGUUUUGAAAUAUCCCGACCUUAAUUGACAUUAUAUCUCAAUUUCAGACAUUUUGAAAUAUAAGGUUUGAGGAAUGUUUACAUUUCAAUCUUAUAUUGAGUGACAAUGAAACACUACUUGUGACAAUGAGACACAACAUGUGUCAAUGAGACACAACAUGUGACAAUGAGACACAACAUGUGACAAUGAGACACAACAUGUGACAAUGAGACACAACAUGUAACAAUGAGACAUAACAUGUGACAAUGAGACAACAUGUGACAAUGAGACAUAACAUGUAACAAUGAGACACAACAUGUGACAAUGAGACACUACAUGUGACAAUGAGACACUACAUGUGACAAUGAGACACUACAUGUGACAAUGAGACACAACAUGUGACAAUGAGACACAACAUGUGACAAUGAGACAACAUGUGACAAUGAGACACUACAUGUGACAAUGAGACACUACAUGUGACAAUGAGACAACAUGUGACAAUGAGACACUACAUGUGACAAUGAGACACUACAUGUGACAAUGAGACAACAUGUGACAAUGAGACACUACAUGUUACAAUGCAACACAACAUGUGACAAUGAGACAUAACAUGUGACAAUGAGACAUUACAUGUGACAAAACAUUACAUGGCAUAGCAUUAAGGUGGGUUGAUUAAAUAUGUUGAUAUUUGUGUCGGGAAUGAGAGGAUUCCCUAGAUAGUGCUUGAUGGUGUAUUUUACCUUUGUGUGACCCUUGAUGGUGUAUUUUACCUUUGUUUGACCUGUUAGGUAAAGUUAAUUAUAACUCCCAGAAUGUGUUCCCUGCUACAGUGUAAUGUGCAGUACAGCUAAUGUGAGGUCAUGGUGGGUUUGUAAUAACAGUGACAGCUCUGUUUUGGGGGGAUUUUGUUAAAAUUGUUAGAAGUUUUUUUGUACUGCACUACCAGAUGUCCAUACUAUUUUCUACAAUAGUACUAGAGUUAGCAUAUAUCAUUUUCUACCUUAAAUGUUUAAGUCUAGUUUCCAUGUCUUGUUGCCAAAGGAUGAAACAAAUCUAUUUUUGUUUGAAUUUUCUAUUCUUGAUAAUACUUGUGGUACAGGAUGCCAUUUGCCUAUAAUUUGGGAUGUUUUGCUCCACACAUAGGCUUAAAUGUGUCUCUGUAUCAGAUGAUAUAUGAUGUGCAAACCCCAGGCAUUGUUUGGUUUCAGUGGGAAAAGUAUUGAAUAUAACAAGAUGUUUCUCACCAAUUAACAUUAUUGGUUUUCAUCGGUGUAUUUAAACUGAUCCACUGCCAUAGGACAAAAUUAAAAGGACAUUUCAAAUCUGUAAAAAUAAAUAACCAUAGUACAAAUCAACUUUCAUGAAAAAUAGAUUUUAGAUUAUUUUAUUCUAUCUGAAAGUUGACUUAAUAUGCCGAAUUUUCUUAAGAAAAUAAUAUAAAUCAGCAAAAAAAUCUUCAGUGUUAAAAUGCAGUAACAAAUUGCAGUUCUAGUAUGUUGUUUAGUUACUGAACCUGAUACCGUAAUAAUUUUGGUGGGGAAUGGAAAUUAUUACAGGGAGAUUAAGUCUGUGGGAUCAAAACUUAGUUAAAGAUGUGCUUAUUACAGGGAUAAAAUUCAGUUUGUUAUUUGUAUUUGUAGUUCUCCUAAAUAGCACAGGGUUAUUGUAGGAUGUAUACAACAGGUUAUACCUACCGACCUACAGUACCUAGUGGACAUACAACAGGUUAUACCUACAGUACCUAGUGGACAUACAACAGGUUAUACCUACCGACCUACAGUACCUAGUGGACAUACAACAGGUUAUACCUACCGACCUACAGUACCUAGUGGACAUACAACAGGUUAUACCUACCGACCUACAGUACCUAGUGGACAUACAACAGGUUAUACCUACAGUACCUAGUGGACAUACAACAGGUUAUACCUACCGACCUACAGUACCUAGUGGACAUACAACAGGUUAUACCUACAGUACCUAGUGGACAUACAACAGGUUAUACCUACCGACCUACAGUACCUAGUGGACAUACAACAGGUUAUACCUACAGUACCUAGUGGACAUACAACAGGUUAUACCUACCGACCUACAGUACCUAGUGGACAUACAACAGGUUAUACCUACAGUACCUAGUGGACAUACAACAGGUUAUACCUACAGUACCUAGUGGACAUACAACAGGUUAUACCUACAGUACCUAGUGGACAUACAACAGGUUAUACCUACAGUACCUAGUGGACAUACAACAGGUUAUACCUACUGACCUACAGUACCUAGUGGACAUACAACAGGUUAUACCUACCGACCUACAGUACCUAGUGGACAUACAACAGGUUAUACCUACCGACCUACAGUACCUAGUGGACAUACAACAGGUUAUACCUACCGACCUACAGUACCUAGUGGACAUACAACAGGUUAUACCUACCGACCUACAGUACCUAGUGGACAUACAACAGGUUAUACCUACAGUACCUAGUGGACAUACAACAGGUUAUACCUACAGUACCUAGUGGACAUACAACAGGUUAUACCUACCAACCUACAGUACCUAGUGGACAUACAACAGGUUAUACCUACCGACCUACAGUACCUAGUGGACAUACAACAGGUUAUACCUACAGUACCUAGUGGACAUACAACAGGUUAUACCUACCGACCUACAGUACCUAGUGGACAUACAACAGGUUAUACCUACAGUACCUAGUGGACAUACAACAGGUUAUACCUACCGACCUACAGUACCUAGUGGACAUACAACAGGUUAUACCUACAGUACCUAGUGGACAUACAACAGGUUAUACCUACAGUACCUAGUGGACAUACAACAGGUUAUACCUACCGACCUACAGUACCUAGUGGACAUACAACAGGUUAUACCUACAGUACCUAGUGGACAUACAACAGGUUAUACCUACAGUACCUAGUGGACAUACAACAGGUUAUACCUACCGACCUACAGUACCUAGUGGACAUACAACAGGUUAUACCUACCGACCUACAGUACCUAGUGGACAUACAACAGGUUAUACCUACCGACCUACAGUACCUAGUGGACAUACAACAGGUUAUACCUACCGACCUACAUUACCUUGUGGCUAUUUUUGUGAAGAGGUACGUGUCUCGUAUGUGCUGAUUCUAUGUCCUUAUCGUAAUGUUGAUUAUAUCUGAAAUUUUUCAUGUUUAAGCCAGGAAAGACACUAUGAAUCUUGAUGUGAUACACUUAUCUCAAUGUUGUUUCAGCUCGGCUGUAAGAUGUUUGUUUUAUGAUAUGGUGUAGAUCAUUUGAUAACAUAGUAUUGUGGUAGCACAGGGUCUUGUAACAUUAUCCCUACCUUAUACACCUUUGAUAUAUGUGUUUUAUAUAGAAUGGGUGUUUGCUACAAGUCCCUGUGUUUUUACUCUUAUACCGUGUAUAUUAUAUACUGUGUAUAUGAUGUGUGUUUCUUCUCUCUGAUAACAUUGCACUUUUCCUGCAAUACUGAAAAAAUAGUAUUUUCAUAUUUUUUCUACCAAUUUUUUAUGGGGAUUCCCAGUGGUCAUGUGUAUGUUACGAUAAUAGGUAAAUUACUCGUAUGAUUUUGAACAUAUGUAAUGGAAUAGAGAGAAAUCUCAUUUUCUUUCAUUUUUUUUCAUUUUUUUAUGCAACUUCCCAGAAUUCACCAUGUUUAAUCAUUCAGGAGUAGAAAUUGGAAAUGUUGAAGGCACUUGUUGUAUAUGCCAGCGCUCUGUAUUUAAUAUUUUUUGCUGACUUCUCCCAAGAGGUUUUGACCUGUAUCGUUUUGCUGUCUCUUUCCAAAGAAUGGAAUGAUUUAUAUUGUUUGUGUUGCCAUGGUUUUACUGCCUACAGUGUAUAUCUACUGCCUUUUCUCGACAGUCUGUGACCUACAUACAAACGGAGUAGUCUCCUAACUAACCUAACACUAUAUUUUUAUACUUUUAUAUGAGAUGUCCCUUGUAUAAUUUAUACAUAUGUUUCUUAUUCUGUGUGUAUUUAACUUUAUUAUUGGUGCUGUUCGUUAUACUGCCCCACCCCUGGGGCAUUAUGACAUGUGUUGCUCUGCCCCACCCCUGGAGCAAAGUGAUUGGCUUUUUAAUCUGUCCCAACCCUUGGGCAUACUGAUUUUGUUAUUGUGCCACUCUGAGGCAUACUGGUUUUGUUACCCUGCUCGUCACUCGGCAGUAACAUCUGUCUGUUACUGUGUCCAAUGUCUAAAUCAUUGUAACUUUCUAACAAUACCCAACUCGUGGGUAGACCUACUGCCAUAUAUGCUGCCCAUCCCGUGGAUAUGUUACCUUGACAUAUCCCAGGGCCAGUUUAUGGUUACAACUCCAUAUCAAGGUUCAACUUAAGUACUGUAUUCGCUGUACAGGGCCCUAAAGUCAGAGGGAAAAAGGGACACUAAUUAGGGUGACAUAAAAGAGUACUUCAAUAGUCUAGGGAGAAAAAAGUAUGUCAAAAGUGUAGAGGGAAAAAUGUAUGUCAAUAGUCCAGAGGGGAAAACGUAUGUCAAUAGUCCAAAGGGGGAAAAUGUAUGUCAAUAUUAGUCUGGAGGGGGAAAGUAUGUCAAAAGUGUAGAGGGAAAAAUGUAUGUCAAUAGUCCAGAGGGAAAAAGUUUGUCAAAAGUGUAGAGGGAAAAAUGAAUGUCAAUAUUAGUCUGGAGGGAAAAAGUAUGUCAAAAGUGUAGAGGGAAAAAUGUAUGUCAAUAUUAGUCUAGAGGGGAAAUGUAUGUCAAUAGUCCAGAGGGAUCACUUCGGAAAUAGAAAACUUUGAAUUUGAAAUAAAAAUGUUGAAAUUGAACCAUAUUGUGUAGUGGGUGGGUAUAGGGGGAUGACAUUAUGUUACACAGUAGGAAAAGAGUUAUUAAUUUUCUUCAGCUGGUCUGGAACGGGGGAGGGACCUUGACAUACAGGGGAGAAGAAAGGGAAAAAAAAGGGAGGCGUACUAAUUAUGGUAAAUAGGGUGAGGGGUACUGAUUAUGGCGAAUACAGUAGAUUGAAAACUUGAGAUAUUAUCGCAAAGGUGAUAUUUGUCUUUUUAAACAUGUUUACCUGCUAUAUCUUAUACUGAUUUAUAUAAUUGUUCGAAUCAAUAAUGCAUGUAAGCUUUUUUAGUGAAUUUGAAAAUGUUUCUUACCAAGACUUGGUAUCUUGUUUGUUACACUAUCAUGCAAUAAUGUACGAUUAAUGAGGGAUUGUGAAUAUUGUAGUUCCUAUAAAAUGUUUUAUAUGAUAUUUUGUAGCUCUGUCCUAUAAUGUUGUAAUAUCAAUGUUAUAAUAUAUAGGGGUUCCUUAACCUGAUAUAUCCAUCUAACUGACCUUGUUUCUGGUGAAGACAAUAGGUAUUUACUAAUCCCAUGUAAUUGUUGGUGGAUUUGGAGUGAGGAAUUCAAUUAUAUACAGGGUUCUCAUACAGAUAAUCCUCUGUCCUCAACCCAAAUAUACACACAGGGUUCUUUGUCAACCUAGAGAUACAUACAAAGUUUUCUUUUAAUCCAUAGAUAGUUGUCUAUCAAUUCAUAGAUAUACAAUUGUUCUCUAUAAACCUAGAUACAUACAAGGUUUUCUGUUCUCAGCCUAUAGAUUCAUCAAGGUUCUUUGCCAACCCAUAGAUACAUCAAGGUUCUUUGUCAACCCAUAGAUACAUCAAGGUUCUUUGUCAACCCAUAGAUACAUCAAGGUUCUUUGUCAACCCAUAGAUACAUCAAGGUUCUUUGUCAACCCAUAGAUACAUCAAGGUCUUUGUCAACCCAUAGAUACAUACAAGGUUCUUUGUCAACCCAUAGAUACACAAGGUUCUUUGUCAACCCAUAGAUACAUAUAAGGUUCUUUGUCAACCCAUAGAUACAUUAUGUACACAAAAGGUUCAUCUUAUCGACCCAUAGAUGCAUUCAGAGCUUUCUAUUAAACCAUACAUACAACAGUGUUCUCUAUCAAUGUACAGUACAAAAUUUGUUUCAACCCAAUGGUACAUACAUAAUUCUCUGUCAACGGAUGAAUACAUAGGGAGUUCUUGACUCUUGGUCAUACAGAGCUCGACCAGAUUUCCCCUAUAUAUAUGUACAAUACAUUCAAUGUCCUCUGUCACCUCCAUGUAUAUAUACAGGGUUGUCUCCUUAGCUAGAAAAACAGGGUAGCCCCUGGGUUAAUUGUGAUCUCAGUCUCGCCAGUCCUAUUGUAUUGUAAAACCAUCUUCUUGAAACAGACAAUAAUACAUUUCAGUGGUGAAUGUCAGCUCUUGUCAUCCCCCUAAUCCUCCUCAUAUCACCAAACAUGCAGGAGGAUUGUAUGGAGAUAGGGGAGAUAAACAUAAUUAUCCAGGUGAAAUCAAGGACAGAUAAACAGAGUUAUCCAGGUGAAAUUAAGGACAGAUAAACAGAAUUAUCCAGGUGAAAUCAAGGGGAGAUAAACAGAAUUACCCAGGUGAAAUCAAGGGGAGAUGAACAGAAUUAUCCAGAUGAAAUCAAGGGCAGAUAAACAGAAUUAUCCAGAUGAAAUCAAGGGCAGAUAAACAAAAUUAUCCAGGUGAAAUCAAGGGCAGAUAAACAGAAUUAUCCAGGUGAAAUCAAGGACAGAUAAACAUAAUUAUCCAAGUGAAAUCAGUCAAAAACACUGUUACAUGCCACCAAUUUCUCUGGCCUCAGUAUAUAAAGCUGUGACUCAUUAAUCAUUGAAAGUACAUGACACAAAUUUAAGAAGAAAACAAAAUUCUUCAUCUCCCAUGUGUUCAUCAUUGUAUGAAUAGGAGAUGGCAUCACCACUGGACUAUUCCAUUCAAGUUUCAAAGGGGAUGGUAGGGUCAUCGGGUAUUUUGAAUAUGUAUUACCAGCAGCUGGUGUAAUGAUUUUUUUUUUAAAUAUAUAUUUUUAACAAUGAAUAUGUACAAAUUCAUGUAUGUGUAUAUUUCAAUUUUUUCACAUUCAUAUUUUUUUUUAUUAUAGUACUUUUGUAGAUGUUGAUACAGUGAUACCAAGGUAAUUUGUGUAUAUAUGUUGCUAUAGUCACUCCUUGUCAGGGAUUUAUUUUGUACUGACAAACACCAAAGACAUGGGGGAUAGAAAAUGUAGAUUAAACCCCAGUUAGUUUUCAUGGUAACUGUUAAUUUCAGUGCUUCUGUCUGAUGUACAUUUGUAUAUGUUUAUAUAAAAGAUCCCUUUUGUGGGUGGCAGAGUAGCAAACCUUGAUGUACAUAUACCAGUAUAACCUUUCUGACAACUCAUCAGUAGUAAUUCCUGGUAAUUCUGACAAUAAAAGACAAUAAAAUGAGUUGUUUCCCUUUACUACUGAGUUAUGCCCCUUUAAACAAAACUUGAAUCUGGUGUGCUGUUUGUGCUGGUUGCUGGUGACCAGUUAACACAAAAAAAACAGUGCACGAUGUGGAAGAAUUCCUGUUGAUUUGGAGAGAUGGUGGAACAGUACAUGGGAUGGGGAUCAGAGAAAGAGGAAGAUGAGAAUAGAUACAUAGAUAAAUAUUCUGUUAUUUAUAAAAAAAAAAAACAUUUCGGGUCAGAAUUAAAUGAAACAUUUGUUAGGACAUGUUUUAACAUCCGCAGAAAAAACCCAACUUAAUUGAAUUGCAAUUUGGAAUGUCGGUUUUUCAGUCAUUUUGAAUCAGUGACAUCUCACCGUAACUUGCUCUCAUCAAAGUCUGACCCAGCAAACAUUUCUCAGACAUGCCAGAGUCAAGUUGAUCGUGACUGAUAUCUAGUUCACUCUGCUGAUUACCCGCCUGGUGUGAGACACCCCUAAUUAGUUGAUUAAUGACCUACUAUUUUUGUAGUUUAAGGGAAUAUGUUAAUGAUGUUAGAUAUAGGGCAAUUCUGUUAAAUCUUAUUAAAGAAAAUAGCUUUAUUUUCUAAUGUAAAAGCUUUUAUAUAUGAAUAUAUAUAUAUAUAUAUAUCAAGUUUGUUUAUCAGUCUUUCCAAAUCAUUGAUUUAAUUUAAUGUAUACUUGUAUAUAAGUUCUGUAACAAUAAUUAUUUUUAUGCUACUGUUUUAAUGUUGAAGCUAGAUUAGAGUUAUAAGUUCUAUUUUUAGUACAGAAAUAUUGAAAUGCUUUGUGUUUGUCUGCUCCAAGUGUUUGUUAUGUACUUUUUUAUUAUAACAUUAAGUGAUAUUGUACGACAGUACACACAUAUGGUAUUGUACUAGUGAUUUAUAAUUAUUAUUUUAAAUGAUUCAGACAAUCUAAUCUUCCGUUUCUCGAGAAUGACUUUCAGACAGUAUAGUUAAACGAUUCAGACAAUCUAUGAGUAACCUGAUGUUUCUCAAGAUAGAUUUAAGACAUGUAUCAUUUCUGGAAAAAAUUGUUCCAUUAUAAUUACACAAUCCAGAAAAAAUCUAUUAAUCUUCUGCAUCUGAAUAUAUCUUAAAUUUCUGUGAUUCAUAUGUUCACACCUGACCUGUUCAAAAUUAAAUAAAAUUCAUAUUAGUGACUCGGUCUUGCUUCAUAAAAAUGUGUUAGAAAAUUUGUUAUCAUGUUAAUGAAGGUACCAUGUAGCAAGGUAUAUUUUUUCUUACAGAAGUUAGAAGCCUACAUGUCCAAGACAUUUCCAUCUUGUUCGUAAUUACUGGAUGCAGAUUUACUUGAAUCGUGAGAUCCUUAUCUAAUGAUGUGAAGAUUAAUCAUGCUGAUGCAAUAAAAUAUAUUUUUGUGUAAUAAAUAAAUAGUUAAUGCAGAUUAUAUUCAGUUUAGAAAAACAUUGUAAAUUAAAAAAAAAGGGAAAUGUUCAAAUUCAACAGUUCAAACUGAAACAUAAUUAUCAAACACCAAAUCUGGUUAUCAGUGUUGAGUGGAAUUAUCAAACACCAAACCUGGUUAUCAGUGUUGAGUGGAAUUAUCAAACACCAAACCUGGUUAUCAGUGUUGAGUGGAAUUAUCAAACACCAAACCUGGUUAUCAGUGUUGAGUGGAAUUAUCAAACACCAAAUCUGGUUAUCAGUGUUGAGUGGAAUUAUCAAACACCAAAUCUGGUUAUCAGUGUUGAGUGGAAUUAUCAAACACCAAUUCUGGUUAUCAGUGUUGAAGAUAUUGUUCAGGGAGUCAGAUUUAUAAGGUUUUAAUGUUGUGGGGGAUUUUCACUUUUUGACAAUAUUCUGUACAGUACAUUGUUUUUUAUUGUCUUACUAUGGUCCGAAAUCUGCCUGUUUUGUACAUAAUUGAAAUGUAUUCAUUAUAUACUGGACAUGUCCAACGCUUCUCUUAUAGGCUCUAUACUGACAAAGCGUUUCUCGUUUUCAUUGCAAUUUUCUUAAAAUUGAUUGAUUGACUAUUCCCAAUCUUGGUAAAUGUUUUUGGUGUAUAUAUGAAACUGAUCCUUAUGCAAUAUUUGGAGGGUCACACAAGAAGAUCAUAAUUGUCCUGUAUGGACAGUGGAGAAGUUCUGGCAAAUUGUCCCUGUAUUGGAAUAAAGAUGCUUUGUCAGUAUUGUGAUGCUUAGGAUUGCGAUGUGUAGCCUUGUAGGUAAUUUUUGUGAUGUGUCCGACAGCCUCUGUCCAGCUCUAUGUGUCUGCAUUUCUCCUGGUCAAACAGAUGUGAUUCGAUUCUUGUUACCAUGAUCUUUUGUUACAUGAAGAUUUUUGUCAAAAUUUCAAUUACAAAAUGUCAACAAAUACCAAAUUGUCUUUGUAUUAGGCCAAAACAUAAGUUGUAAUAAUUUCACACAGUUUGUGGGAUUUGUUGUUUUUUUUAACUCAUUUGUAUUAAAUGAUAGUUGAGAGAAAAUAUAACCACUUAAACUGAUAUGUAUAAAAAAAACUGCCAAAGUGAACACAAGACUUUCAGUAGUUGAAAAGUAAAAAAUAGGUUGAUAAGUUGAAUAAUGAAGAUUGAGGUAUUUAAAAAUCAGACUUCAUUUUGAAAUUUAGAUACAUAUUUCAGAUUUUUUGGUCAGGUUGAUAAUUUCAUUAUUGUUUAUUGCAGAAAAAAAUUGUUGUAAAGGCCUAAAUAUCUGAAAGUGAUAUCGUAAAAAUUCACAAUUGCCAAUCCCUACUGCAGAUAUUGUGCACUUUGGUUUCACUGCUUCUAUAAAUGCCUUGUGGUAGUAAGAUAUAUCAAGCUUUGUAAGGUUGUUCAUGUGAACACAGUCCAAUAACAAAUUGGUUAGCUUUCAUCAUUGUUAGUAUUGGAGUUGAAUUAUCAUUUCACUAAGAAAAGUUGAAUUAUCAGUUCACUAAGAAACAAAAUUAGAAAGAGGACCAUAUUCCUACAUGAUGAACAAUUCUAAGCACCUUGGUCAAAUAGUAAUACUUCCAUUAGAGCGGUUGUGAUGGUCCAAAUGGUUGCAGUCCUAUUUUUAAUAACCAAUGGUCGCAGUCCUCUUACAAUUAAACUUUUAGGCCCGUUAACACAAUAUUGAAGUAUACAUGGUUUGUAUAGAGGAUACUCUAGUAAGAAUUUUCAAUUCCAAUUAAGAAUGUUGAUUUAAUUUAGGAUAUAGUAGACAGCCAAUCUUGCUUUAUGCCUAUUGUGUUUGUCCGUUAAUAUUAAGGAUGUUUUACAAAUCAUUCCUGUUUGUAACUUAACCCAGGCCUCUUUCAUUGUUAACAUGUGAAUUCGAUUGUCAAUAUUUAUUGAGAUAUUUUCAUGAGCCCAUCGAUUUAUUAUUAUUACAACAUUUUAUUAUUGAAGAUGUUUCUAUUUAUUUACUCGCUAAUCUGAUUAUGAAAUGUGAAGUUCAUAUUGUGACAUUUUGAUAUGUUGUGACAAAUAAAGCGAAAGCUGACUAA